AGAAAAGAAAGUGAACUCGAAUCUUGUGAAAUUGUUAAACAUGAAUGCUAUUAACAAAGAUGAGUUUAAUUUAUUAAAACCUAUGGGUUCGGCAUAUCCUAAUUUAUAUGGAUUACCGAAAAUUCAUAAGCCUAAUACCCCCCUACGUCCAAUUCUAUCUAUGUGUCGGUCACCUACACACAACCUGGCAAAAUGGCUUACAAAAUUAUUAAACCCUAUCAGAAAUCAAUAUUGUAAGUAUUCUUUGACUGACUCAUUCGAAUUAAUUAAUUACUUAAAGGAUAUAAAUAUAAAGACAAAGACAAUGUGCUCCUUUGAUGUAAACACUUUAUUUACAAAUGUACCUCUUAGGAAAACCAUUGAUAUUUUGUGUGACUUUAUUUCUUCAAAAAACCUUCCACUGCCUUUUCCUGUUAAAACUCUUAAAGAUUUAUUAUUAUUAUGUACAGAUAAUGUAAAAUUCACAUUUGAAGGUGAACACUUCAGACAAAUAGAUGGUGUAGCUAUGGGCAGCCCUCUAGGACCAUUGCUAGCUGAUGUGUUCAUGGGAUAUGUGGAAAAUUUAGUUGGAGACUCAAUUCGAAAGAUGGGUCUGUAUAAACGAUAUGUAGACGACAUAAUAAUCAUAGGUGAUAAAAUUGAAGACAUAAGCCACUUGUUAGAAGAAUUCAAUAGUAGUCAAAACCACAUUUCUCUUACAUGUGAAGAAGAGAAGAACAACCAACUUCCUUUUCUUGACAUCCUGAUUACUAGGAGAGAUGAUGGUUCCAUCAAACGUGCUAUAUUAGAAAACCAACAUGGACAGGACAAUAUCUUAAUUUUCAUAGUCACUGCCCUAUUCAUUAUAAACGUGGUUUAAUAAAGAGCCUAUUCAAUAGGAUCAAUCGUAUUUGUACUAGUGAUACUAUUGAAGUAGAGAUGAAGCUCUUGACUGAUGCGUUAAUCAAUAAUGGUUACCCUUUGAAGUUCAUAAACCGCUGGAAGGGUUGCAAUAUGACUAGACCUAUGACGCUUCUGGCACCCAAAAAGCGAGUUUAUAUUACGCUACCAUUCAGAGGUGACAUAAAUAGUCUCAUGUUGAAACAGAGACUUAAAUUAGCUAUCAACCGGACAUUUUAUGCAGCCCAACUUGUCAUCAUCGAAAAGACAAGGUCUAUGUUUCACCAAAAGCCCAAACAGCAUGAAAACGAUUGUGUCACAUCCCAUUGUGUCUAUAAAUUUACAUGUAUGUGUGGAAACACGUACGUAGGGAGGAGCAACCGUGAUUUGCAAUUAAGGGUGGGUGAACAUAUACCAAAAUGGUUGCAAAAUCAGAUGAAUUCCAAUGGUGAAAUAAGAUCACAGGAUAGACAGACAUCAUCAUCCAUUGCGAAACAUUUGAUUGAGACGGGUCAUAAGGUUGAUAUCAAAUCAGCAUUUGUUGUGUUGUACAAAAGCCUUCAAGGACGUAUACUAAGGUUUAUUGAAGCCUUGGCUAUACGAAAAUUGAAACCCCCUUUAUGUGUUCAAAAACAAUUUGUACUUACACUUAACCUACCCUGGUAGUACUGAUUUACUAUCCAGAGUGGUAAUCACAUUUGUUUUUGUGUACUUUAAUAUUUUUUCCUUUGUUAUGACUUACCCUUAACCUGUCUAGUUGACCUUUUAAUUUUUCAUAUAUAAAUGUUCUUAACAAGUAUAUGUGUGAUCAGAUUGUUCGAAAUGUAUUGCGCAAAUAUAUCACAUAAUUCUGAUAAACUACGUCU